AUGUCUUCCACACAAGAAAUCAUCUUGGAAUAUGUCUGUCCCGCAUUGGGAGUUGUCAUUGCGAACAUUAUGUUUGCGGCACCCGUCCGCGAUUUGAAAGCAGCGAUUGCAAAGGGUGAACUGGGCACUUUGAACCCAACUCCUUGGGCAUUCAUGCUUGGAAAUUGCGUGGGAUGGAUGAUCUAUGGUACUCUACUAAAGAAUGUUUGGAUCUUGAUGGGGAACGGGCCUGGAUUGCUCAUUGCCAUAUGGCUGAACUUGGGCGCCAUCAAGCUCUUGUAUCGAGGGCAUUAUGCCACAGACAUGCGUGACACCACAGAGCGAACCCUAACUGCAUCCUCUUUGGAUUUGGAACAGCCAGCACCUGUUGGCGGUGACAUGGCAAGCAUUGCUUCAGACGAAACCAAAAACACCAUUCUUGUCGACGAGUUGUCCGCUACGACUCCCGCACCUACAGGCCAAGAGAAUCUUCUAAUGCUCAUGUGCACCGUUUGGGUUGUCUUUGGAACGGUAUUGGCACUUGCCGACUUCAUGGACUUGAACUCGAAGGUCUUGAUGGUGGGAAUUGUGACCAACUGCAUUCUCAUUGUCUUUUAUGGAGCGCCACUGUCCACAAUUUCCCAAGUGCUCAAAGACAGGCACACGGCUUCCAUUCACGUUCCUACCAUGAUUUUGAACUCUCUCGGCAGCAGCUUUUGGUGCGUCUAUGGGAUUGCGAUCAGCGAUUACUUCAUUGCUGGACCCAAUGCAUUGGGUUUUGUAUUUGGAGCCGUUCAGAUCUUUCUCUACAUGGUUUUCCCACGGAGUCCAAGUGCUGAAGGCAACACAACUGAUCUAGAAGCAAAAGCCGAUUUAGUUCUGGACUUUGGCACGGCAGAACGAGCUGAGCAAGUGGCCAGUAGCAAUCUCGUCCAGCCUCAUCUGCAAGACGUGAUGGAAGACUACGGCACUGUGGCUCCAUCAGCAUAA